AUGGCCUGUAGUCAGUCUCGAGAAUUGGAUUGUGUUAUUGUUGAACUAGCACUGGCAUCUGGCAUCUGGCAUCUGGCUCUGGCUCUGGCUCUGGCUCUGGCUCUGGCUCUGGCUCUGGCUCUCUGGCUCUCUGGCUCUCUGGCUCUCUGGCUCUGGCUGUUCUUGUUGUACGGAGAAUAA